GACUACAAAUGCCUUUGAAAAGUCUAACUGAACCACAUAAAUAUAAAGAGAUUUCUAAUACAGAUUUCUAAUUUUGUUACUGCAGGUUAGGAACUGAAGUCUUCACAACUACCCCUAUGCGGAACAGAAAACUUGCUGUCAGAAAGAAAUGGCCAUGCAUGCAGUGAAUUUGUAUUCCAUAAUACUGCUUCUUUUAGUCAACAUUUCACAAGCAGAAGUAUUACAUGGCUAUAAAGACCAGUACAAUUUAAAAGUCGGAUGUACCUCAGUAAAUCGUGAAUAUCAAAUCAAUUCCCCUUUGAGGCAAAAACGUGAAGUAACAAAUCUUCAGGAAUAUGUUAUCCAUAUUGAGAUGUUUGUCAGUAUUCCAGAUGAGUCAUUUCUAGAUGGACUGAAGCAAUUCUUGAAGAACAUACCAUAUCCUCUUGAUGUUGGACAAAAUGUUAGUGUUACAGACGGGGUCCUUACAACAAUUUGCACUCAGAAUGGUGAACAAACACAAUGCAAGUGUGAAAACGAUUAUGCCUGGUCUUAUACAAUCUGCAACAAAUACAAAUCUUGCUCAGGAGAGUAUGUGAACACCUGUGAUUGCAUCGAAGUGGCUUCACCAUAUGGACUCUAUUGCCAGGCAAAGUCUUCUUUUGUUCUAAAAAUGACUUUUUCGAUGGAUAACGAAUUUGUACCUGCUCUAAAUAAUAAAUCAUCCCUGGAAUAUAAUCAGUACAAAAGUGACAUUGAAGAUGCACUAAUGCAGGGUUAUUCUGGAACUGUAAAGAGUGUUCAGACAGUAGCAGUCACAGGUUUCAGAAGCGGCAGUGUUAUUGUAGACUAUGAGGUAGCGACAACUGGGACAUUAUCAUCCUCCGACUUUCAGGCAGGAAACAACAAAAUAACAUCGGCUCUUCUUGAGAAAGGCUAUCAAGUUAAUCCAGCAUCUUUUACCGGAUUUGAAGGGUUCUGUAAUAACUCUGCCUACGGUGUUGGACAGGAUCUUGCCACAAUUGUAACCGCGUGCUCAGCACAAGAGAUUGGAAAUAUCACUGUACAAUGCAAAAAUGGGACUUGGAAUAUUAUAAGUAAGAAAUGUGUAUUAAAAGCAAUCAGUGACAUUCUCUCUGACGCUCAGAAACUGGAAAGCAGUUCAAAACCAGUAAUUACUGAGCUACCCAUCUUAAUUGAACAGCUAAAGAAUACUUCAACAUUGUUUAAAAACAAUAUAACUUUAUCAGCUGCAACCAUUUCCUCAGUGGUUGAUAUAUUGACAAUCUUUUCAAACGCUGCUAAAAAUAUCAUCAUUAGUGAGACUGAAUUGAAGGGAUUUAUUGAAACAGUGAACAAUAUAAUAGGAUCAGAAUCGAUACUAUCCUGGGAUGCCUUAAAUAAGCAGAAUGCUGAUAGCUCCAGCUCUCACUUACUGAAGUCAGUGGAACUUUUCGCCACGUCAUUCUCUACAAAUUCUUCCUUCAACCUAGAAACAAACAACAUUAAUUUGAAGGCGAUUAAAAUAACUAACAAAAACAGUGCAUACAAUGAGAGUUUUAAAUUUAAUAAUACAGUCGGUGGUAGUGUAUCUAUUCCUCCAUCAGAACUAAGCACUCUUCCUGUUAUCGUCAGCAUUGCUUACUUAAGUCUUUCAGACAUUCUCCCAGUCAGAAACCACACAACAAACGAAAAAGUAAACGGGAUUGUGUUGACGACAAUAGUGAAUAGCAUAGUUAAAAAUGUUUCCUUGGACUUUGAAAUGAAAAACACUUCUUUGGGCAAGCCUGAGUGUGUCUUUUGGAACUUUGAUCUCUUCAACAACACAGGAUCAUGGGAUACAUUUGGCUGUAGAUCAGUGGCAUCGGGAAAGAAUAACAUUCGUUGUCAGUGUGAACACUUGACUUCCUUUUCAAUCUUAAUGUCACCCGAAGAUAUACCGCACAAAGAUGAAACAUUAAGCUACAUUACUUAUAUUGGAUUGGGCAUCUCCAUAGGAAGCUUAUUCUUGUGCCUCCUUAUUGAAGCAAUUGUAUGGCAGAGUGUGAACAAAAAUAAGACCUCUUACAUUCGACACGUUUCAAUUGUGAACCUCGCUUUAUCUCUGUUGAUCGCUGAUAUAUGGUUCAUCAUAGGGACUAAGAUUGACGUCUCCACCCCAGCCUGCAGUGCAGCUACUUUUUUUACUCACUUUUUCUACCUGGCCUUAUUCUUCUGGAUGUUAACUUUAGCUAUUCUGCUUUUCUUCAGAGUAGUCCUGGUCUUCAAAGACCUAGGCAAGUCACAAAUGCUGGCAAUUGCAUUCUGCCUGGGCUAUGGCUGUCCACUUAUUAUUGCUGUUGUUUCGGUAGCUGUUACUGCCCCUGGGGGUAAUUACACAAGAACAGGGGCAUGCUGGCUCAACUGGGAUAACACCAUGGUCCUCCUUGCUUUUGUUAUACCUGCCCUUGUCAUAAUUACCAUCAAUUUCAUCAUUCUGAUUGUGGUAAUUGUCAAGAUGGUAAGACGAACUAUCGGAGACAUGUCUAGGGCUGAAGAAACAAGCACCUUAAAAGUAGUUGCUAGAUGCAUCGCCAUCUUAACACCAUUUCUGGGUCUUACCUGGGGAUUUGGAAUUGGAACAUUGCUUGCACCUUGCAGCAUGGGAAUCCUUGUUGUGUUCGCAGUGCUCAAUUCAUUUCAGGGAUUCUUUGUUCUAGUCUUUGGAACACUGUUGGACAGUAAGAUACGAGAUGCACUGCUGAAGAAAUUUUCAUUAUCAAGAUACAGCUCUCAACAAACAAACACAACCAGUGGUAUUUCGAGUGAUAGAUAUAAUAUCUUUGGCAAAAAAAAAAUCCACAGACUGCAUGAAGUCUCAAGCUCAAGUGAUUCUACAUUAAAUAUUGGAUUAUAUUCUAAGUUAACUGAAAAUAAUUAAAUAUAUUAAUUGAGCAAUAGCUUUAAAUGUAAAGACACUUUCACUAAAUACUGUGCAUACUUUAAUGCUAACUUAUGGGAUAUGCAUUAACUAGAGCCUUACAUUUUAACUGUAAUGUUACUUUGAACUACUGUACAAAAACAUGUUCUUACAAUAAAAAGAAAAAAGACAGUUAUUAUUUACACAGUAAAACUUGAUUAUUACCAAAAAAUGACACAGUAAUUACAUGGUUAUUUGUGCACUGUAAUCUAAAGUGCUACGAAGUUAUAAUAUUGUAUUCCUUAUUGAUUGCCUUUGUAGCAUCAGAGUGAGUCAUAAUAUAAUUCUGUGUAUGAAAUUAACAGAAUUGAAAUAUAUAAAAGGGGGGGUCCUAAGCCAUUUUCUGUGUCUACUUGGUUUCUGGUCAAAAAACUCCCCCACAGACAAAGAAUGCUUUUAAAAAGGGUUGUAAACUAAAUGCUGGACUAGUGUUUUGUCUUUCACCAUCUCUGAAUAAAUCCUUUGGCGCCAUCAGUGUCUUUCAAAAGGUGAAAUCAGACGAUUUUGGAACGCUGAGCGAGAACAGUACCCCUCAUAAUACAGCCGACGGGGUGAAGCCACGGACCAAUUGAGAACAAUGGGCUAUCUAGGAAUGAGAAGAACCUAGGGCUUGAAUUUCAGCACAGGAUCGUGGGAAUCGCGCAUUUUCCAAAUUGCUCCUGCAUAUCUGCAACUUUCAGUGCGGGAAAAUGGUGUAGAGAUAUUUGAAGACACCAAGCUACUGUAUUUUCUACCCAAUUUAGAAUGCCUGAAACUCUAAAACUAUCUAAGGAGUGGGUGUCAAUGACGAAAGCACUAUGAGCACAUUCAGAGUAGUUCUAGUUAAAAGAAAUGGAGCAGUCUCACACUGAUGAGCAGCUGUUAGUUAAUCUGAAAGCAGCUUAUUUUAAAGAAACACCAGUGUGAAUGAUGAUGCAGUAAAACAUUGUAUAUAUAAAACUCGCCAGCACACAAAAAUGAAAUUCAAGCCCUGCAAUCAGUGGGAAACACCCCACGUUGACUCCGAAACAGCCCAAAAUAAACAAACUAACUAAUCACAGGGUGGAAGUGAGAAUAACAAAAGUAGCCGCGAGACUUUCAAAAGAUAUGUUUCCCAUAUGACGCGCUUCCCACACUAAGCAAGCUCCCCACACUAAGCAAGCUCCACACAGGAGAAACAGGUUCCCCGUAGGAGAAACGGCACACUUCCCAGUCAGUGUGCUCCACAGGCAAGUGCUCCAGUCAAGACCUAAGGCUCCACAGAGAAAUAAGUCUCUGAGAUUUGACAAUCAGGAGAAGUGCUUCUGAGGGGAAGUGGUGAGUUCUGAAAUGAAAACUAAACUACUCUGAAGAAAGUUUCUGAAGUCAUGGGAGCAUAAUUGCUCGAAUUCACGGAAGGCAAGGAAGAACCAAUGUUCUGAAGAAUGGCUAAAAUCAGCUUGAAGAGAGCCGUAGCACUUUGCCCUAGGAGAGACUAAAACAGUAAACGAGAUACUGCUUUAAUCUGAAAGCAGGUCUUGGUUUCCACAUAGCUGCACAAAACAGUUGGAAGCAUAGCCAGCAGCUGGGCCUAAGGUCAUGUACUAGUCAUACAGAAG